UCCUGCGUGCGUAGGUCCACCAACAGCGACAGAGACAGACGGACGGACACACCCAGAGAGCUUCCUUUUUCCUCACAGCGCCGACGGUGUCAUCCAACACACCAUCUCGGCCGAACAACCCUCCUCCCUCCACUCCUUCCAUUCCACGCACGCUCGCACGCCGCCACAGAGGAAUCCUUCUCGCAUUCCCGUUCCGCCUCCGCCGCCGUCGUCGCACUCCUCUGCUGGAAUACCAUAGAAGGGAGAUCCACCCGGGCUUGGAGGAUUGGUUUCUUCGGUGCUGAUGCAAGGUGUUUGUUGUAUCUGAGAAUGCAGAUGGUGUGCUCCAAAGCUUGCUAGUCUCUCAUUCAAUACCUAAUACAACUACUUGGAUGUACUAAGGUCAUAGUUGAAUCUACUGGUUCAGAACAUGGGUUCUCGGUUUCCAUCCCACCAAUUAAGCAAUGGGCUUUAUGUCUCUGGGCGACCUGAGCAACCAAAGGAAAAGGCUCCGGUUGUUUGCUCUGCAGCUAUGCCAUACACUGGGGGUGACAUCAAGAAAUCAGGAGAACUAGGGAAGAUGUUUGAUCUCCAUGCUGAGAAGUCACGGAAAUCUGGCCCUUUGGGUAAUCAACCUUCAAGGAAUACUUCAUUUGGUGGUGCUGCUUCCAAUUCUGGACCAGUAUCCAGUGCUGCUUCUCGAUCCAACUACUCUGGUUCUAUUUCAGCAGCGGUUCCUGGCACUGGAGGUUCGGCAAGGGCAAAAUCUAAUUCUGGACCGCUCAAUAAGUAUGGAGAACCUACAAAGAGAUCCUCUGGCCCCCAGUCAGGGGGAGUGACCCCAAUGGCUCGCCAGAAUUCUGGCCAUCUACCGCCGAUUCUUCCGACAACUGGGCUAAUCACAUCAGGACCUAUUUCCUCUGGACAAUUGAAUUCAUCUGGUGCUCUACGAAAAGUAUCAGGCACUCUUGAUUCUACUGUAUCGAUGAAGAUGCGUGCCACCUCUUCUGCUUACAACCCAGCUGUUACAAAUCUUAACGAGCAAAAUAGCUACUCACUUAAGGCCAGUUUGCCAAAGCCGAUACUAUGGGCGGCUAUUCUGCUCUUUGCAAUGGGGUUCAUAGCAGGUGGCUUCAUUCUAGCUGCUGUUCAUAAUCCGAUUUUGCUGGUAGUUGUUGUGGUGAUAUUUGGAUUUGUUGCUGCACUCUUGGUUUGGAACAUUUGCUGGGGAACAAGAGGCAUGACUAGGUUUGUCUGUCGCUAUCCUGAUGCUGAUCUUAGAACAGCAAAAGAUGGAGAGUAUGUGAAGGUCACAGGGGUUGUUACUUGUGGAAAUUUCCCCCUUGAGUCCUCAUUUCAAAGGGUUCCAAGAUGUGUAUACACUUCGUCCUGCUUGUAUGAAUAUAGGGGUUGGGACUCAAAAGCUGCCAACACUCAGCAUCGCCGAUUUACUUGGGGAUUACGUUCAAUUGAACGGCAUGCGGUUGAUUUCUACAUCUCUGAUUUCCAAUCUGGGCUGCGAGCAUUGGUCAAAAUAGGAUAUGGUGCACGGCUAAUCCCAUAUGUCAAUGAAGCUGUUGUUAUUGACAUAAAUCCUGAAAACAAGGACAUGUCCCCUGAAUUUUUGAGAUGGCUACGGGAAAGAAACCUCUCAAGUGAUGAUCGUAUAAUGCGCCUAAAAGAAGGAUACAUUAAGGAGGGAAACACUGUUAGUGUCAUUGGUGUUGUUCAAAGGAACGACAAUGUGUUGAUGAUUGUUCCACCACCUGAACCCUUCAACACUGGCUGUCAGUGGGGCAAGUGCCUCCUCCCAACUAGCCUUGAUGGGCUAGUCUUAAGAUGUGAAGACACGUCGAACGGUGAUGUAAUUCCAGUAUAGUUAUCUAGCCUCAUUAUGGCAGUUCACCUGGGGAAAAGGGAAGCCAAUAUUUGACUUUGGGUUUAUUUUAUGGAUUGAACAAAUGUGCAAAUGCAAGGUGUGAUUAUGGUUUAGUACAAUAUUGAUAGUCAGUUGCUCAGGGCUUGAUUGUGUAGUAUUUUAUGCAUUUUGCUCUUUUUUGGUUGGGCAAUGAGUACCUGUAAGAUUGAUGGCUUCAGUACUACCAUGGGUCUCUUUGGAGUUAGAGUGGGACCAUGUUCAUAUGUUUUUUUUUCUUUUGGUUUGUAGAAUUACAACAUCAUAAACCAUUCUUCCAAUUCCCCUAUCUGUAUCUAUACUUCUUUAUACAUAACUCCAGCUCUCAUGGUA